GGACCUUGAAUGCAGCAGCGCUGAUGAUCCACAGGAGUCAAAUGUCCCCAGCACUUGUCUCCUGUUACCUGCUGUAGGCUUGGCUACCGGGCAGGGACUGUUAUUAGAACUGUGUACCGUGCGUCUCAACAAGAGACAGUGGAAUGUCCAACAGAGGUCAGUCAGCAGGAAUAAGCCCACGUGUCGGUCAGAUUAGAAUAGGGAGAGACAGAGCGUCCCGUUACCCGGCGAGCAGUGUCCGGCUCAUUGAUUUGAAGGGGGAUGAAUGCUGACACAUCCACGCGCAGUCAGCGAAGGCACGCGGCUGACGGGUCGGAGAGCGGGCCAGAGUGAUGCGUUUCUGGGACGGGGGGGCACUUCUACGUAGUUUCUACUGGGGAAGCUCAGAGCAACAGCAACAGCAGCAGUAGCAGCAGCAGCGUGGGGGCUGAACACCUGGACCACAUUUGGAUAAUAUGUCUCUGCUGAAACAGCGGGGGAGAGAGCUCGAGCGUUUCGAUGGACUGUCGCUCAUUUACUGGACACUAAUGGGUCCAUAUGGAGUAGACAGAGCUGUUCAUUCCUUGGAGUUUACAGACUGUGAGAAUGGCCUGGGGAUUAAAGUGAUUGGCGGAGUGAAGGAGCUAACCGGAGAGGAGUUUGGAGUCUACGUCAAACGGAUUUUACCAGGUGGCCUUGCAUCAAGUGAUGGAAACCUGAUGCCAGGGGACCAGAUCCUGGAGGUGAACGGAGACAGUCUAGUGGGGGUCACAAGUGAAAGAGCUGUGGACAUCCUGCGAGCCGCCUCUGCAACCAAUCUAAUGCGCCUUCUCAUAGCCAGAGACGAGGAAGCAAAGAAAGAAUUUGCUGAGUUGCUGGAUAAGUAUGGAUCCAAUGGUAGCACAGGAUCAACGCGCAACUCUCCCAUACAGCAAGGAGGCCGCUACCUGGAAAGUACAUCAUCUGGUUCCUCGUCUCGCUCCCAGAGUCCUUUGCUGUUGAGCCCAGCGGGCUCUCAGAACAUGUACAACAACGGUGGGCCCAUGCUGCGCUCCCUCAGUCACCCAGGGGAAGGAGUGAUUCAGCUCAUUUCAGUGCCGCGAUCCAGCGGUCUGGGCAUCACCAUAGGAGGGGGCUCCAACCGGCCCGACGGCCCCGCGGUCUUCAUCCAGGAAGUGCUGUCUGGAGGAGACUGUCACCGGGAUGGACGCCUGAGGCCCGGAGAUCAACUCAUUGCCAUUAACAAGGAGUCCUUGAUAGGUGUGACCCACGAGGAGGCCAAAAGCAUGCUGAACAAAGUCAAAAUCAGCCAAGACAGUGCUGUGGAGAUAGCCUUCAUUCCAGGGAAAGGACUUUUCCCAAGCAGCACAUCUCUCCACAACGGGGUCCAGCGAGCCGCAGGCAACAGCUACAACUCCGGACGCUUAAAAGUCCACAUCAGAUCACCUGAGAUGUGUGCAGAGGAGCCAGCCCAAGUGUCCUCACCUUCUCCAGACAUCUGCCCACCAGAUAUCCAUAUUUCAGGUUCAGCCAGCCAGAGGUCGCCUACAGGGGCCAAACCUAAGAUAACACUGGACCCCUACAUUCGCCUCAAAUCAGACAAGUUAGACUUGGCUUUGUCCUAUCUCGGCUUGGAUGUCACAGAAGAGAAGAGGAAGAAGUUGAGACAGAGUCUGACAAUAGACCCACAAGGCACUGUGGCCUAUGGAGACUUGGUGGAGGCCACCCGGAACAUUUUCCAGGAGAACCUGGAGGAGCUGGGUUUAGGGGCGGGUCCCUUCAUGUUCUCCUAUCACGAAGCCGCUAGUUUGAUGGACACGUCCGCCUUCCACUCCCCCACAUAUGAAUCGGAGUGCAGCUACAGCAGUGAGGAGAUGGAGCAGUUUCAGACGGAGGUGAAGCAGCUGCAAACCCAGAUGAAGCAGCUCAAGGUGAUGCUGAAGGACAUGGAGCACAGCAAGAAAAGCCUGGAGGAGGAGCUGCAGAGGACCUCCGAGAAAGCAUGUCUGACUGUGGAGGACGACCCUUCUGAAGAGUCGUCUGCAGGGGCCGGGGUAGCCGGGGCCGGGCAGCGGCAGGCCAGCAGUGCAGAGCAGGACUACGAGGAGGUGAUCCAGCUGCUGGAGGCUGAGAUCAGGGACCUGAAGAACCAGCUGGCCAGCAAGAGGCAAGCACGAGGACUGGAGGCCACCAAGGAGGAGGUGCUAGAUCUGAACAGGAGGCUGACGACUGUCGACUGCCAGCUGAGGAAGUCGGAGCUGAGCAGGAAACACCUGGAGAUCUCCAACAGGAAGCUGCUGGGCUUUGCACAGAAUGUCCACAAAGUGCUGACGACACCCAGCCUGUUUGACGGCGGGAGCAGCAGGUCGUCCCCGGCCACCGACAGCCCCGACACCCCGUCCCCGCUCCCUGACCCCGCCUUCCAGCUGGCUGUGGAGGCCAAAGAGCUGGUGGCAGGAGCCUGCUCCCCCACUGCUGAUGACAACGCGUCAGUGGAGGCAGCGCUGGCCCCAGAUGUCGAGCCUCAUCAUAUGUGAGCAGCAAAGAGCCAGAGAGGGGCCCCCGAGAGAGAGGACCCCCGGGCAGGCUGAAUGAGCAGCUGAGCCCACCAUGGACCACACCGCGUUAAACAGACUGGACCCCGUCCAAUACACCUCCUCAAAAUAAUGACAUAACUUCCAUAAAUUCACAUCGUCAGUUCAGCGACAGCUUGAACACAACACAGCCAAUGUUUUAAUGCCAAAGCUUCGCUCACACGCAUCAAAUUGGUGUCUUCUUUUGAAAUAUUCGACGGUCUUUAUGGAGGGCUCAGCGGCGGGAUGUGUGUUGCCCUCAGCCCGGACCCGAGGACUCUCGCCGGUCACCCAUCAGUAACACAAGUCUUUGUGAGAAGUGCUCUGCCAAAUCAAAAGUCUGCUGGAAUCCGAUGUUGUGUUACUCUGACAGCAGGUGGCUGUUGGAGGCGCUGCAUGACCACGUCCACACACACACGCGCACGCACACACACACACAGACACACAGACAGACACAGACACACAAACACCCACACACACAGACAGACACACAAACACACAGACGGA